AUGCUCGCCUCCCUGAUGGUGAGUGCCGGUCCCACUAGUCGGCACGCGCUGACGAUCGUCAUCUGCAAGAGGGUCAAAGGUCGACGAGGCAGCGCAAGACUACUGCUGGAUGCUGAAAUGAACACGUGCAACAAUAACGAGGCAAAUGUUUGUGGUACCCAAUGCUCCAGGCAGAAAUGCCCAGUGCAGAUCAAUGAUGGGAGCAACCAUCGACACAUGAUGGGAUUACGGGGGCGAAUAAGGCUGGGCUGA